AACAGUAGUAAUUUACGGCUACUUUAUAAAAAGAUUAGCUUUAACACAUAAUUACAACUACAAGCUUUCUAAGUUAAUAAACAAUUAAUAAAACUGUACUCUAGAAGACUGUUUACUCUUAUUAACUAGAAAAGAGACAAAACCUUGCAUCUACUUAUCUUCUUUCUUCUCCUCCUCCUUCUUUAGAGUCUUCACUCUUCACCGAACCCUCUGAUUCUCGUAUAGACACACACAUACCUAUACAUACACACUUUAACACUUAUAUCUGUAGAGUAUAGCCAUGGGAGAAGGAGAAGCAAAAGCAGAGCACGCAGCCAAAGCAGAUCACAAGAACGCUCCCUCCGCUUCUUCAACGCCAGAAUCUUACUCUAAAGAAGGCGGAGGAGGCGGUGGAGAUGCUCGCCGCGCAAUCUGCGGCGCGAUCUUCACCAUCCUUGUCAUACUAGGUAUCAUAGCCUUAAUCCUUUGGCUCGUCUACCGUCCACAUAAACCACGUCUCACCGUCGUCGGAGCCGCCAUCUACGACCUGAAUUUCACAGCGCCGCCGUUAAUCUCAACCUCCGUUCAGUUCAGCGUUUUAGCAAGAAACCCUAACCGGAGAGUCUCCAUUCACUACGACAAGCUCUCUAUGUACGUAACGUACAAAGAUCAGAUCAUAACACCGCCGCUUCCACUACCACCGCUUCGUUUAGGACAUAAAUCUACGGUUGUGAUAGCUCCGGUGAUGGGAGGCAACGGUAUACCAGUCUCGCCGGAAGUAGCUAAUGGUUUAAAAAAUGAUGAAGCUUACGGCGUCGUUUUGAUGAGAGUGGUGAUUUUUGGGAGGCUACGUUGGAAAGCUGGUGCGAUUAAGACUGGACGGUAUGGAUUUUACGCCAGAUGUGAUGUGUGGUUGAGAUUUAAUCCAUCUUCUAACGGACAAGUUCCUCUUCUCGCUCCUUCAACUUGUAAAGUUGAUGUCUAGUCUUAAUUUUACUUCGUUAUGUUUUCUUUUUUAAUCUUUGUGUUUUAGAAUUGUAAUCUUUUUUUUUUGUGGUCAUGUUAGUGAUGAGUUUCGUCGAGUCUAGUGUUAAAAUAAAUUAAAAGGCAUAAGCCAAAAAUUAUAAGUACAAGUAUAUUACUAAUUUUAUAUUUUACUUGUGAUAAUUAUUUUGUUUCUCUGUUGUUGGACCUGUGGAUGUUAAUUAAUGACAUUUGACAAUACAAAUGUGUUGUCGCUAAUAGCGUAUCUUGGCAUAUGGUGAGUUCAUCGACACAACA